AUGCCUUCUCAAACGGCUCCUGUACCCUAUUUCGACCGUCUUCCAGAUGAGAUCCUUCAGAAGAUUCUGAACCAUGCCAUGGAGCGGGAUACUCCCUUCUUCCCAGAAGCCUGCGCUCAGAUGUUCAAGAAGCGACCUCGCCAGCUACUCAGCGACAGAUCCGGACUGUGGGCGGCUGGCUGGACUGGCGAUGCUUUGCGAAACCACGCAGCAAUGCAGCUAGCCACCGGCCUCCCAGCGUCGCAGUCCGUCCACUUUUGCGAUUGGCUGAUCAUCAACUCGACCAACCGCCGUUUUCGACGGCUGGGGAAGGAGUCGUUCUUCGCCUCCAAGACCUUCGCCAUGAGUCCCAACCUCCCCGGCGGCCUCGUUUCGCUCCUCAUCUUCAAGGACCCCUUAGACUGCGAGCUCGCGCUACGUUAUAUCCGGUCCAUCAUUCUGGUGGGCGUGACGACGCACACCGCGACGAACUGGCUUCAGCUGCCAAAGAUCAUGCGCACUUUUUCCAGGCUGCAGGAAACGGCUGUCUUGCUUGGCUAUAGGAAGGGUGAAGAUGUGUCUCUGAUCAUUAAAGCCAAGAGGAUUGACAAUCCCCCUGAGUUGAAUCAGCUGCUCGUCGAUAUUGGGGUGGAUCGUUGUUUGGUGCCCGGGAUUAUGCUCUGUAAAGAUCUUGAGUGGAUGGAUUAUGCGAAUGACUUGGUAACGAAUAUCUAUCCAUCUCUCAGGGCCAGAGCGGGCAUCAUGGCGAGAAUACGAGAUUCUCAGAUAGGGACUGGGUAG